AAAUGAUUAGGUAUUUUGGUGGGUGUAAACUGUCAAUAUGGCCUCUAGUGUAUCAGGAAGUGAUACUGAAUAUAUUGGAAUGCUAUUCUAUGAGGAGGAGACAGGUUUACAUAAAUAUACAUAUAAAGCAUCAUUUACUGUAGCUAAAGAUAAAGACAAACUCCUUGAUUAUAUGAGAAGGAAGCACCCUAGAGCCGAGAUAGGUCGAACUAUCACCUUUAAAUUUCUCCAGCAAGACUCUACACCUACUUCAAGAGGUGAUUAUAUUGAAUUAAAGUUUGAUACUCCACAAGCUAAGCCAAUCACUGGAUGGAGCAUUAUACCUUUCAUAUCAUGUAGAAUAAGUAGGGAUCAAGUUAAUGUCUAUAGUGAACGUGGAGAUCUCAUGCAUUCCUCCUGUAGAAUAUUAAUACGUGCUAAACCUGAUGCUGUUUGUAGACUACUUUAUCGCAUACCAGUGGAAGGUAUGGUUAAACCUGUUACACUGGUUAUUCACAGGACACUGGAAGGUCGAGUCUUAGGCAUUAUAGAUUUAAUAGAUGUACUUGACACAUUGAAUGAAGCUCACUUCUCACGGAAGAAAUGGAAAUCUCUUGGUUCGGCUUUAGGAUUAUGUGAUUCUACAGUGGAAGCUAUUCAGACUAAUCAUCUUAGAGAUGAAGAAAGAUGUCUUAGGCAAUGUCUAGUAAGAUGGUUACAGAGAGCUGAUGGUGUUGAUGCUAAAGGAGAUCCAACAAUGGCUUCUCUUUGUGAUGCUCUUGAGAAAAUUGGUGAGAGAGCAGCAGCUGAGCAUAUCAGAUCAAAGAAUAAUGUUGAUACAGAUUCUAAUGAUGAUCCAGAGUUAUGCUACUAUCGAGAAGCACUUAAGACUACUGUGACGUGUCAUCUAACUAAAGCAGUCGUUCAAGGUGAAGCUCGUGUUGGCAAAACUGCUUUCAAAUCACUCCUACUUGAUGAAAAGUACAUUAAAGAAAGUACCAGUAUUGCUGAGCCAAGAGUUGGCAUCCAUCGCUAUAGACGACAUGAAUCACGUGAUACUGGGAAACGAUAUGAGCUAUUGAAUGUGACAGAGUUAGAAAAAAUAGUUAAAAAUGCUUUGAAAAAAGAUGCAUUAGAAAAAUCGAUCAGUUCUCCAGUAGAAAAUGAAGCUAUUGAUGGUAAAGAAAAAUCGAUUAGCUCUCCACUAGAAAAUGAAGCUAGUGAUGGUAAAGAAAAAUCGAUCAGUUCUCCAGUAGAAAAGGAAGCUAGUGAUGGUAACAACGGAAAUGAAUCACGCAGUGUAGGGAAUGAAACACCUGACCAGGCCAUUGAUGGACUUGUUGAAGGAAAUGAAGCCACUGAUGGAGACGGAGCACCUGGUGAAGCAUUUAGCAAUGAAAGCAAAAGUUUGCCAAGUAAAGUAAUAGAGAAAGUAUUUGAAGGGUUGCAGCGAAGUUCAGGGAAGGAAAACCAUCUUGAAGGUGCACAUUGGCUAUACCUCAUUGAUACAGGAGGUCAAAUCGCUUUUCAGAAGUUGCUUCCAAUUUUUAUGCCGUUUGCUCAAGUUCUUAUUCUGGUUGUUGACUUACCAAAAAAGCUUUCUAGCCAAUCCAGUGGAGUGAUGCACAUUGAAGGGAAAGAUCACAUUGAUGGCAGUCCACACCAUUUACCAAUUGAAGAGAUUUUAAAACAGACAAUCUCUUCAAUAGCUUCUGGCAUGCAGCAUUUCCGGGAUAGCUAUAAGUAUCAUAAAGUUUUACACAAUUUAGUUCCAGAGAUAUUGGAGAUUCUCGCGAUUGGCACACACAGGGAUGAAUGCAGCAGUGAUACUGAAGAGUCUAAACUCACAUUGGCAGAAAAAUUAGCAGAAAUAAUUGAUGCAAAUGAUGAUUGCAAAUCUGUUGGAGAUAAAUUAACAGUUCAAGUACAUGAAAUUGAUGGUCGUAUUGCUGAAAUUCCUGUUGAAAGCCGGAUAGAAACAAAUGCCACUAUUAAAGAAAGGAAACUCGAUUUUAAAAACACUAUGAGUUCUUUGAGUAAAGUACAUAAGCUCUUGAAGGACAUUGAAAAAAAGAUCAACAUUCCAUUUUUCUAUUACUUCUUUGAUAUUGUACUUCGUGUUGCAGUAGAGCAGGGAUGUGGUAUCUUAAAAUACUCCACCUGCAAAAGUCUUGGGGAAGAAUUAAAACUUUCAGAAGAUGAAGUGAUGGAGUCUCUUAAUUUUUUGCACCAGAUCAACAGUAUCAUUUAUUAUCAUGAUUCUAAAGCCUGCAGUGACCUGGUGUUUGUUAACAUAGGCAGUCUCAUUGGUAUUCUCAAGGAGUUAGUCGUGCCUGUUUACAAAUAUCACUCCAAUAAAAAAAUAUACACUGGAGACAAGGAUGGAAUUAUAAAGGGAAUGCUUUCAGAGUCUGAGUUUAAAAAGAUUUGUAAUGAACAACUUGAUCCCAUAGAGAAAGAGCUAAAAGAUAAUGAUAUUGCAAUGAAAUUGCUGAAGCUUUUUGCAGAGCUCUCAAUAGCCACGCCAAUAGAUGAUAAACAUUUCAUACCAGCUCUCCUUCCAGUAAGAAAUGUUACAGAUACCAAUCCUUUUAAAGAUCGUGAGCCAUUGCUGUUUUACUUCAAGAAGGCUACCCCAAUGGGCCUUUUCUGCUCUGUCGUAACUUGUCUUCUUUCCUGGUCUACCUACAAAAUUGCUUUCAUUGAAAGUAAUUUCUCUAAUUACAUUGAAUUGAAAUAUAGCACAGAAGGGGUUAAGUUAUUCUACAUUGUUCUAGUUGAACAGAUGAAUUGCAUUGAAGUCCAUUGCGAGGAACAGAGAGGUGAAGGGGUAGUAAGGGAAGAUGUAAGAGAAGCUAUCACUUCUGCAGCUGCAAAACACCAUCUCAGUGACAAUCAUAGGAUUCCAGAUCUCCGAUUUUAUUGUUCAUGUAAGCAUGCUAUUACUCAUGAAGGACAAAGUGCUGGUCCUCAUGAAAGUGGUACUGCUGGUGGUGGUGCUGGUAGCAGAGGAGGUGGUGCUGGUGCUAGUAGUGACAGAGGAGGUGUGUCAAAAGGGAAGAAGCAUACAGUUGAAGUUGAGACUGUCAAUAAGGAGCAUACCUUCCGAUGCAGUGAAAACCCACUUACUAAAUGGGAACAUGAGAAACCGUUGUGGAACUCCUGGCUUGACAGUGCUCCGCAAGGAAGUGUAUCUGAGACAGGAAGCACUGGCUCUCAUCAAGAAGCCAAAAGUACAAGUACAAGUCCAAAGGAGAUACUACAGAAAUAUUCAGACAAGCUAACCAAGGCAAUGUCAGCAAGUGUUUGUCAUGUCACUGGAGCAUUGCUUGCCAAGGAUCUAAUAACACAAGGGACUAGAGACUAUGUAAUGACAGCAGUUGGUGUAUCUAAUGCUGAUAAAGCUGGUAAAGUAAUGACUGAUGUGAUGGGUCAAUUAGGAGCUUUUCCUGAUGAAAGACAGUAUUUAGCUGACGUGUGUAAUAUUUUAACUCAACUAGGUGCAGGAAUGAAACAGAUAGGAAAUGAUAUGCUUAAUGAACUAGGAUACUGACCACCCUCCUCCUGCUACUAGUAAAGGAACAACAAAUUAAUUUUUGCUAUAUCAAAAGACAAUAACUUUUAGAAUCUUUCUUUUUUUAAUUAUGUGACAAUUAAUAACCAGUAUGAGUUUUUCAUAGAGUAAGACAAUUGUGUGCAUUCAUUGUGUUGAUUAUUAAAUGUAUCAUGACCAUAUGUGCAUUUACCCAGUAUGUGUAUAUUAAUGUAUUAGUUAUUAAAUUCAUUAUAGUUAUUAUCAUGUUAUGCUCGCAUCAUAAAGUAUGAUAGAGCUAUUAAUUUUUGGAUACUCAGUUGCUCAUUAUUUUAAUUAUUAUAAUGAUGCUUUUAAAAUUCUA